CAUUUUCUUAUAAACAUGAAUCGAACACCAGCAGCAAACCUGACACAUAUCUGCCUUAUCUCUCCCUUCUGCUCGAGAAACCAGCAGCAAUGGUCGCAAGGAAACCAAGAAUUGUGAUCAUUGGAGCUGGAAUGGCCGGGCUUACAGCGGCUAACAAGCUCUACAAGGCCACAAGAUUGGAAGAGCUCUUCGAGCUUUGCGUGGUCGAAGGUGGGACUAGAAUAGGCGGAAGAAUUGGCACCUCAGAUUUUGGUGGUGACCGUAUUGAAAUGGGUGCAACAUGGAUUCAUGGGAUCGGUGGGAGUCCAAUUCACCAAAUUGCCCAAGAAAUCCAUGCCUUGGACUCCGAGCAGCCAUGGGAAUGCAUGGAUGGAUUCCCUGAUGAAGACCCAGUAACCAUCGCCGAAGGCGGGUUGAGGAUCGACUCACCUGUUGUCGAGCCCAUUUCGAAGCUUUACAGGAAGAUGAUGGAUUUCGCUCAAGGAAAGUUGACUGAAGCUAGUAAGAGCUAUGAUGAAGUUGAUUAUUACAGAAUCGCAACUAAAGCCCUCGAAAAUUGUAAGCGCCGUGGCUAUUUCGGAGAUCUCGGAGUGGGUUUUUUUCUACGCCAGGCACUUGAUGUUUAUUGGGCUCAGGCAGAUGAACGAGAAGACGACAAUUCGUCCGGUAACUGGAGCACAAAGUUGCUUCAGGAAGCCAUCUGUGCGAUGAACGAGAACACCGAAAGGACUUACACUUCGGCCGGUGAUCUGUUGAAACUCGACUUCAAUGCAGAGAGUGAGUACCGUCAAUUCCCGGGUGAAGAGGUAACCAUUCCUAAAGGGUACCUGAGCAUUAUCGAAUCGUUAGCUUCCGUCCUACCAGCUGGUGCCAUCCAACUGGGUAGGAAAGUAAGGAAGAUCGAAUGGAAGCCACAAGGGCUUCGAUCUUCAGAAGUGGAGAAUGGUUGUGACAGUAGUAGGCCCGUGAAGCUCCACUUCGAAGAUGGUUUGACCAUGUUUGCUGAUCAUGUCAUAGUUACAGUGUCCUUGGGGGUGCUGAAAACCGGAAUCCAGGAAGGCUCAGGUUUGUUUGAUCCUCCGCUUCCCUCUUUCAAGACUGAAGCAAUUUCUAGGCUCGGAUUCGGUGUAGUCAACAAGUUGUUUCUUGAAUUGGAUCCAAUCCAUGAUCAAGAAAGUGAGACUUGUGAAAAACUUCCCUUCUUGCAAAUGGUCUUCCACCGGUCUGAUUCCGAGUUAAGGAACCGGAAGAUCCCAUGGUGGAUGAGGAGGACAGCUUCUCUCUAUCCAAUUUACAGAAACUCCAGUGUCCUACUUUCAUGGUUUGCAGGGGAAGAAGCUCUGGAGCUUGAGUCUCUCAGAGAUGAUGAGAUUAUCAACGGGGUUACGAGGACAAUCUCUAGCUUCUUAUCCGAUUCUCAGUCCGGAGGGCUAGUAAACCAUCAGGGAUGCAGCAAUGGGAAUGUGAAUCCUGUCGAGAGCUCCCGAGCUCUUGGGAAAAAAUCAAAACUCAGAAAUGUUCUCAGGAGCCGAUGGGGAACCGACCCUUUGUUCAUGGGUUCUUAUAGUUAUGUAGCAGUCGGCUCGAGCGGCAAUGAUUUCGAUUCCAUGGCAGAGCCAUUGCCGAAAAGCAGCGGCGGUUGCGUAUACGUUGCUUCUCCUCCACUUCAAAUUCUAUUUGCGGGUGAAGCAACACAUAAAACCCAUUAUUCCACUACUCAUGGAGCUUAUUUGAGUGGCGUAAGGGAAGCCAAUAGGCUUCUUCAACAUUAUCAUUCUGGUGGGUUUUCAGAGGUUUAGCACCAUUAAUCAUUCUGGGUUGAACACUUGAAUGAAAGAAACUUCUUUUCCACUUGCUAUUCUUUCACCUUAUUUGCAAGUUGUUUUCUGUUUGAUCUUUUGAUCUUCAAAACAAACCUGUUUGAUAUUAAUGCUCAUCGAAAGACAAAAAGAGAAAUGAAUAAGCUCAUCAGCUUUGUAUCAGUCUCUAUUUAGUUGGGAAUUGAGACAUGUCAAAACGGAGAACUUGGACA